AUGGCACCCAAGCCGGAAGCCAAUAUGGUGCCCAAUCCGGAAGCCAAUAUGGUGCCCCAUCCGGAAUACAACAACCAAUACGACAACAACCAAUACAACAACAACAACCAGUAUAACAACAAACAAUACAACAACCAAUACGACAACCAAUAUAACAACAACAACCAAUAUAACAACCAAUACGACAACAACCAAUACAACAACCAAAACAACCAGUACAACAGCAACCCCUACAACCAGAACAACCAAUACGGCAACCAGUACAGCAACCAGUACAGCAACCAGUACGGCAACCAGUACAACAACCAGUACGGAAAUGGUGCCAACUAUGACGGAUCAUACAACUAUCAGCCACGUUACAGAUACUCAUCCCAGUACCUUCGUAACAGAUACCAGAGCCAACCCGCUUACAACCAGGGCUCAUACCAGGCUCAAUCCAGCUACAACCAGGGCUCAUACCAGGCUCCAUCCAACUACAACCAGGCUCCAUCCAGCUACAACCAGGGCUCAUACCAGGCUCCAUCCAACUACAACCAGGCUCCAUCCAGCUACAACCAGGGCUCAUACCAGGCUCCAUCCAACUACAACCAGGGCUCAUCAAGCAACCAGGGCUCAUACCAAGCCGCACCAACCUAUGCAUUAGCUCCAUCCUCCUCAUCCUCUUCUGGAUACCAAGCCCCAUCCUCUUCCGGAUACCAGGCCCCAUCCUCCUCAUCCUCUUCUGGAUACCAGGCUCCAUCAUCCACUGGAUACCAAGCCCCAUCCUCCUCUUCCUCUUCUGGAUACCAGGCUCCAUCAUCCACUGGAUACCAAGCCCCAUCCUCCUCUUCCUCUUCUGGAUACCAGGCUCCAUCAUCCACUGGAUACCAAGCCCCAUCCUCCUCAUCCUCUUCUGGAUACCAGGCUCCAUCCACUGGAUACCAAGCCCCAGCCUCUUCUGGUUCAG